GUAUGUCCUUUCUGGCUUUCCGUAGUCGACAACAUGUCUGUUCACCGUGUUGCCGAUUGAACUGUGGGGUUGAGCAACGCGGAGAAUGGAUCCUAGGCAUUCUGACAUAACACAGAACAAUAUCAUAUAGCGGUAAGGAUUCCAGAUAUUUAGAAGCCGCUAUGGCUGAACAUGCUCCCAUUGUGGCCCGCGAGGCAGUGCUGAAGGAGAGCUCCCCCCUCCCUGAGGACCUGCCUCAAAUCAAGGGCUACGACUUUAACCAGGGAGUGGAUCACAAGGCGCUGCUGCAAUCUUACCUCACCACCGGCUUCCAGGCCAGCAGCUUCGCACAGGCUGUGCAGGAGAUCAACAAGAUGAUUGAAAAGCGACUUGAGCCAUUGGAGGAGGUGGGUGGAUGUGACACUGAUUCUCAGCAGCCACGCUUGGGUUGCACCAUCUUUCUUGGGUAUACCUCCAACCUCAUCAGCUCUGGAGUGAGGGAGACCAUCCGGUACCUUGUCCAGCACAAAAUGGUGGAUGUGAUUGUCACCACAGCCGGUGGGAUAGAAGAGGACUUCAUCAAGUGUCUGGCCCCCACUUUCCUGGGAGAUUUCAGUCUGCCAGGCAGAGAGCUGAGGCAGAGGGGCAUCAACAGGAUAGGGAACCUCCUGGUGCCCAAUGACAACUACUGCAAGUUUGAAGACUGGGUGAUGCCCAUCCUGGAUCAGAUGGUUGCGGAACAGAAAACUGAGGGUACACACUGGACUCCAUCUAAAAUGAUCCAUCGUCUUGGCAAAGAGAUUAACAACCCAGAGUCUGUGUACUACUGGGCCUACAAGAAUGACAUUCCUGUGUUCAGUCCAGCCUUGACGGACGGUUCCCUGGGUGAUAUGAUCUACUUCCAUUCCUACAAGAACCCUGGGCUUAUUCUAGAUAUAGUUGAGGAUAUCCGAAGACUGAACAGUACGGCUGUGUUUGCCAAGCGCUCUGGAAUGAUUAUCCUGGGAGGUGGACUAGUUAAGCACCACAUCGCUAACGCCAAUCUCAUGAGAAAUGGCGCCGACUUCUCUGUGUACGUGAACACAGCACAGGAGUUUGAUGGAUCUGAUUCGGGGGCGCGCCCCGAUGAAGCCGUGUCAUGGGGGAAGAUCCGCAUGGAUGCCAAGCCUGUGAAGGUCUACGCUGAUGCCACAAUCAUCUUCCCCUUGCUGGUUGCUGAGACCUUUGUCGCCAGUGCUGCCAGACUGACCGGAGAGAAGAAAGACAACUGUCACUCUUAAACAAAACUGUACUUCUCUGAUAACUCCCAUAUUUAUUGCUAUAUUUGAUUAUUUGUUUCAUUUUUUGCUGUUCCAUGACCCCCUACUCCUUCUCAUCCCGUCUUCCUACUCUUUCAUCUCCUCUCUUCCCAUUCCUCUUCUCCCAGUCCUUCUUACAGUCUUUCCCUCAGUUCCAGUAAAUUAUUUACCUUAAGCAAAAACCUCUAGUCUUCGAUCCACAUAAUUGCCGUAGAAGCAUUUUACGUUGAAUUAGUUGUAACGUCACACAUGGUCUUAUUGUACAGAAGACGUCAAGCAUACAGAUGGUGUCAGGUGUUGCUUGAGUCCCGUCUGCCGUGCGUGUCGGUGUUGAUGUAUGAGUGUAUAUGACCUGGUGUUACGAUGCAUGACCAUAUGAAAACAACAGCCUUGCAAAACUGAGCAGUAA